UACAACAACAAACCAUGUGAAUGUCGGGACGCUCACUCUAUAAUGUCACGUUUCGUGUCUCUCUUGGCUUACAAAAAUGGCAAAGGAAGCGACUGAUGAAAUGUCCGUUUUAUCAGCUAUAUACUGCGAAAAGGAUGAGUUUGAGUUGCUCGAAGAGUCAGCUGAAAGAGGAUUUGUGUACCGCAUACAUACUCUGACAGAGAAGAACAACGAGAAAACUCCUCUAAGCCUUAUUUUCCACAUCUCUCCUGAUUACCCGCACACGCCUCCAGACAUCAGCAUCAGUUCCAGCCAUUUAUCGAGGAAACGGUGCCAGCACCUGAGAAACAGUUUACUUGACAGAGCACGAUCACUUCCACCAGAGCCUAUGGUCCAUGGCUUAAUUCUGUGGCUUCAGGAAAACUUCUCUGACUUGAACAAAACAUCAAGCAGCCAUUUAGCAGAGAUAAGACCAGAAAUUAAAGAAGAAACCUGGACAGCAUUACUGCAUAUAGAUCAUAUGAGAUCCAAAGCAAAAUACAUCAAACUAAUUGAAAAAUGGACAAUAGAGUUGUGUCUCACUGGAAGACUCUUUACAGGGAAGCUGAUAUUGAUUCUGCUGCAAGGAACAAAAGAAAAUAUUAAAGAAUACCUACAUCUUCAGAAGACUGUGAAAGUUGAUGUUGAUUCCUCAGGGAAACGCUGCAAAGAAAAGAUGAUGAGUGUCCUAUGUGAGAUCCCACAAUCAGAGGAGAUGUUAAUGAUGUCAACAUUUGAAGUGAAAGACAUUUUAUCACUCGAUGACCUCAAAAGGGAGUUUGAUCUUGUUGGGCUAACUGAAAUUUACCACCAGUUUGUGCCCUCACUCAUCUAAACAGCACAUAGCUACUGUGUAACAUAAACCCUCUACACUAGGUGGAGUCUGACUCUAUGUCUGUCUUCAGCCUCAUCAUGCAAUUUUCUUUAAGAAAACGUAUAAUGCAAUGUGUACUUUCUGACUGUACUCUCAGUUGAACUGAAUAAGAGUCCCAGGUCAUACAGGACAGUGAAAACGCUCAGACAUUGCAUGAAACUUUAUACAAAAUAUCUGAACAUCCUCAAGAUAAAUUGUGCACAUGAUUUAAACUGUUUCCUGUUGUUCUCUAUAGCACAUUUGAAAUAAAAAGAAUUUCAGAUCGCCCUCACAGCUUGAAAAGAUAUCAUAUAUUCUCACUUUGCUUUUAGUGAUAUAUCUGGACAGUCCGUUUUUGUUCUUUAUUAUUAAUACCAGCAAGCUAUAUAUGUUUGAAGCUGGUAUGACAGUCUUCCUACAGGCUAUAGGCCAGGGCUCUUCAACUACUUUCUAGCAGAGAACAGAUUUUCUAGUUGAAAACAUAGCAGGGGCCAAAACAUUUUCCGUAUUAAUUUUAGCUAGCAUUUUCAUUACAAGUAACAUGUUACUUAAAAACACCCUUAAUACUGUGCAUUUAUUCAUAUUAAAAUAGUCAAAGGAUAUAGUGUAUAUUGCCCUCUCACUAUAUCAACCCACAUAUGAAAACUGUGGUCAUAUAGAAAUGUCAUGUUUACUUAAAAGUGCAGUGUGUAAGAUUCAGAAACCUUUGUUAUCAAUGACACCUGUGGCCGUUAAGUGAACUGCAGUCAGCUACCUGUUGCUCGUGCUCACGCACACACUCCAUAGGUGAAUGAGCAAGCAUCAGCCAAAACAAUGACGUAACGUACAAAGAGACUGAACUUGAUUCACUGACAUCAUGCUGACAGAUGAUGUAGCAUAAUUAAAAUGACACUGUUAUGAUUGUUUUACUACAAACUUUGAGUCUAAACUGAAACUACUUAUCAGCUAACAUAUCAUACUGAUACACAUACAGUUACACCAAAAUAUACCAGACAGUUUACUGUUGCACUGUACUGUUAUGUUGCACUAUUGUAUGUUUUGUAUGUCAUAUGUUGUACUACAAAUAAAAAACCAGUGUAU